AUGGGCGACAGCGCUGCCGCUCUCUGGGACAGCGAGCUGCUGCGUGCACGCCAAUGGCUCGCGGCCACUCGCAGGGACAAGCAGCAGGAGCGCGAUCUGCUCUUUCAGCGUGUGAAGGCGCACAUUGGCUUCAAAGACCAUCAGCUCUCGCUACAGAGUGAAGUGACAGCUAGUGAGGACGAGGAUGACGGAGCUCUGGACUUCCUGGGCGACGUGGAUGCGGCAGACAUGAGUGCGCUGCUGCAGGCUGAAGCGGCCAAGGCAGCUACCUUCCCUCUGGAGAUGCCAAAUAACUUAGUGUCGCCUAAACUGAAGCCUAAGACCAAGGCUGUGCCGAUAGCUGCAUCCGGGGAGUAA